AUGCAACUAGACAUGGCUCUGGGGAGUGCUGCUCCCACGAGCUUCCAUCACCGCUGCGGGGUGACCGCGGCUCUCAUAUUGGUCGUCUGCGUGACACUAACAAAGUCUGCUCCGACGACUUACGAUGAAAUCGAAGCAAAACGGACAGACUUGGCCGACUAUUUUAAUGACCCAAAUGGCUGUUACUAUAACUAUCAACACUACGAAGAAGGUGACCGCAUAGUGACCAACGAACCGUGUUUAAACUGUACUUGCCACAAUCGAAUGCUGAUGUGCUACCUGAGAGUGUGUCCGUUUUCAAAAGCAAUUGGACAAGACUGCACGGUACAGAAAUCACCGGAUCAAUGUUGUCCUACCAUAUCUUGCCCGGAAGUGCCAGUACACCUGUUGACCAGUUCAACCACGCCGACACCGACGACAACAACUGAAAUUGGAUGGCACGACAACUACGGGUGCAUGAUGGACGAAAACGAAUUCUUUCCUGAUGGGGCACAGGUUCCUCCCAAUCCGAAAAAACCGUGUGAACUCUGUUACUGUAUCAGAAACCGAACAGCUUGCAUCAUGCAAGAGUGUACGUUGCACGUGGAAGGCUGUCGACCGGUAUACCAUGAAGGCGUUUGCUGUCCUGUUCGAUACGAUUGUGAUUAUGAAAGCGAAAAAUCUACUACGUCGGCACCACAAAUCACUGGUGGACUAGUCUUUUCCACUACUUCCGCGCCGUUCGAUUGCCGAGUUAACGAAGAAACUUACCGAGAUGGAGAGUCUAUAGCUAUGGUCUCAGAAAAACCUUGCGAACAUUGCUAUUGUAUGAGAGGUGAUAUUGUGUGUGCAGUUCAAGACUGCGGUGAACCACUCAGAGGAAAAGACUGCACACCGGAAACACCACCAGCUGGUCAAUGUUGCCCAACUUCGUAUCAAUGUGCAAAUGAAACGAACAGUUCGUAUGACACAUCGACGCUACUACCAAUGUCGCUAAGUGAUUCAGACGAAAACGAAGCAGAAAAAUUCCCAUUAAAUGAAGAUGUAUACAAUAAACUGGGAGAGAACCAACCAUCAAACGAACAAGAUGACGGGAAUGAUGUGGAGUCUGAUGAUACUACGGCCGCUUCUCUAGAUAAUCAUAACGCAGCAGGAGAAACAAAUAUAUUACCAAAUAGUGAUGGUGCAAAUAAAUUAAACGAAGCAAACAAUCAAGAAACUGCGAGUGCUGCACCAAAUUUAAUAAAUCAGGAAAACUCUGUUGGUACAGAAUCUGUACAAGCUAGUUUUGAUAGUACCGACAAACCCGAUGAGCCGACAUCAAUCGGCGAAUCGCAACCGAUGAAGUUACCAUCAUCUGAUCCUUCAUCAAAUGAAAACGAUAUUCCUUCUACUACUCAAACGGUUUCCAAUAAAAAUGAUGACGAUAAGGUUGACCAAGAAAAUAAUAGUAACGAAAUUCCAGAUAACAACUCAAUUCAAGACGGUAUUACGUCCAAUUUACCAGUUGCAUCGACGGAAAAUUCUGUAGAAAGCGGAACACAGAGUUAUAAUGUCCAAGAUAAGCCUCAAGAAGAUAUAACUACUGAAAAUAUCGCUGUAUUUGAAAAAGACCCAAUUAAAUCAAAUGAUAAUGAACAAACACCAGACAAACACUCUGACACUAAACCACAAACUGAAACGGAAUCCAAUGAAAAUGAAAAUCCUCCUAAAAUAGAAAAUCAAGACACUGCUCAUUCAGAAAUUUUGUCCCCAACUGAAAUCCCUAAAGUAGUAAACGAAUCCACUGAACAAAAUACACCAAUAGUGGACAGUACUUCAGGAGCUGAAAAACAACCAGAAACUGAUAAAAUACAGGUAGAACAAAUAAACCAAGACAGUCCACAGUCAGAAAAUUCAUAUACAACUGAAAUUCCAAAUCUAGAAAGCGAACCCAUUGAUCAAAAUAAACCAGUGGUAGACAGUACAUCGGGAGCUGAAAAUCAACCAGAAUCUGAUAAGACACCAACAGAACAAAUAAAUCAAGACAGUCCUCAGUCAGAAAAUGUAUCUCCAACUGAUGUUCCUAAAGUAGUGAACGAACCCAACGAACAAAAUAAACCAGAAGUGGACAGUACUUCAGGAGCUGAACACCAACAAGAAUCUGAUAAGACACCUGUAGACCAAAAUAAUAAGGAUAGUCCUCAGUCAGAAAAUGUAUCGGCAACAGAAUUUCCCAACGUAGUAAACGAACUCACUGAACAAAAUAAACCGGUAGUAGACAGUACUUCGGGAGCUGAAAACCAAUCAGAAUCUGAUAAGACACCAGUAGAACAAAUAAACCAAGACACUCUUCAGUCAGAGAAUGUACCUCCAACUGAAAUUCCCAAGGUAGUAAACGAACCAACUGAACAAAAUAAACCAGUGGUGGACAGUACUUCAUUAGAACAAAAUCAACAGGAAUCUGAUAAGACAACAGUAGAACAAAUAAACCAAGACAGUCCACAGUCAGAAAAUUCAUAUACAACUGAAAUUCCAAAACUAGAAAGCGAACCCAUUGAUCAAAAUAAACCAGUGGUAGACAGUACAUCGGGAGCUGAAAAUCAACCAGAAUCUGAUAAGACACCAACAGAACAAAUAAAUCAAGACAGUCCUCAGUCAGAAAAUAUAUCUGCAACUGAUGUCCCUAAAUUAGAAAACGAAUCUACUGAACAAAAUAAACCAGUUGUGGACAGUAGUUCGGGUGCUGAAAACCAACCAGAAUCUAAUAAGACACCAGUAGAUCAAAAUAACCAGGAUAGUUCUCAGUCAGAAAAUAUGACGCCAACAGAAUUUCCCAACGUAGUCAACGAUCUCACUGAACAAAAUAAACCAGUAGUGGACAGUACUUCUGUAGCAGAAAAGCAACCAGAAUUUGAUAACACGGCUGUAGAACAGAAUAACCAGGAAAGCUCUCAAACAGAGAAUUCAUCUCCAACUGAAAUUCCAAAGGUAGUAAACGAACCUACUGAACAAAACAAACCAGCAGUGGAUAGUAGUAAGGGUACUGAAAACCAAAAAGAAUCUGAUAAGACGCCAGUAGAACAAAUAAAUCAAGAUAGUCCUCCGUCAGAGAUUGUACCUCCAACUGAUGUUCCGAAAGUUGAAAACGAACCGACUGAACAAAAUAAACCAGUUGUAGGCAGCACUUCAGGAGCUGAAGACCAACCAGAAUCUGAUAACACAGCUGUAGAACAGAAUAACACGGAUAGCCCUCAGUCAGAGAAUUUAUCUCCAACUGAAAUUCCAAAUUUAGUAAAUGAACCUACUGAACAAAACAAACCAGUAGUGGACAGUACUUCAUUAGAACAAAAUCAACCGGAAUCUGAUAAGACAACAGUAGAACAAAUAAAUCAAGUUAGUCCUCAGUCAGAGAACGUAUCUCCAACUGAUAUCCCUAAAGUAGAAAACGAUCCCACUGUACAAAUUAAACCAGUAGUGGACGGUUCCUUCGGAGCUGAAAAACAACCUGAAUCGGAUAAAAUACCUUGUAGAAGCAAAUAG